AUGUCGGGACUCACAAUAAACCGCAGCGAUGGCGAUAUCGGGGCCAUGUCAGGACUCACGACAAACCGCAGCGAUGGCGAUAUCGCGGCCAUGUCGCGAUUCACGCCCCCCCCCCCCCGUCUGAGGGAGCGGCGCGAGGCGUUGGCGCCACCUAGCGGAGGAAGCGGGGAGGGCGCUGAGGGCAGGCCACGCCCCUUCCCCGCCCCUUCUCGGCGUGGCCACGCCCCCUCCCGGUAUUUCCGGUUCCGGCGGGAGCGGUGCCGGUGCUCCGGGCGGGAACGGCGGCGGAGGCGGCGCGGGGUCACCGGGCAAAGGGCAAAGCCCCCGGCCAUGCUGCGCUCGCUGCGCCCCCUCCCUCACCUGUCCCGGUGUCCCCCCUUGUCCCCAUCCCUGUGUCCCCCCUUGUCCCCAUCCCUGUGUCCAUCCCUGUUCCUGUGUCCAUCCCGGUGCCUGUCCCGGUGUCUCUCCGUGUCCCCAUCCCUGUCCCCGUCCCUGUCCCCAUCCCUGUCCCUGUGUCCAUCCCGGUGCCCAUCCCUGUCCCCGUCCCGGUGUCUCUCCCUGUCCCCAUCCUUGUCCCCAUCCCUGUCCCUGUGUCCAUCCCGGUGCCCGUCCUUGUCCCCAUCCCUGUCCCCCUCCCGGUUCCUGUCGGUGUCCCCAUCCCGGUGUCCCUCCCCGUGCCUGUCCCAGUGUCUAUCCCUGUCCCCAUUCCGGUGUCCCUCCCUGUCCCCGUCCCGGUGUCUGUCGGUGUCCCCAUUCCUGUCCCCAUCCCCAUUCCUGUCCCCAUCCCCAUCCCCGUUCCUGUCCCCAUCCCGGUGUCUGUCGGUGUCCCCAUUCCUGUCCCCAUCCCUGUCCCUGUCCCCAUCCCCAUUCCUGUCCCCAUCCCCAUCCCCAUUCCUGUCCCCAUCCCGGUGUCUGUCGGUGUCCCCAUUCCUGUCCCCAUCCCUGUCCCUGUCCGCAUCCCCAUUCCUGUCCCCAUCCCCAUCCCCGUCCCUGUCCCCAUCCCGGUGUCUGUCGGUGUCCCCAUUCCUGUCCCCAUCCCCAUUCCUGUCCCCAUCCCCAUCCCCAUUCCUGUCCCCAUCCCCGUCCCCGUCCCUGUCCCCAUCCCGGUGUCUGUCGGUGUCCCCCGGUGUCCCCCGUUUGCCGCUGCGCUGGCGGCUGUUGGUGGCGGUGGCGGUGCUGGUGACAGCGGGGACAGCCUGGCUUUACCUGCGGCAGCAGAAGCGGCGCCAGCAGCGCUCCCGUCACCUGCGGCAGCUGCGGGCGCUGGCGCUGGCCCGCGGUGACUUCGAGCUGCGCGACACCUCGGGGACACCGCGGCGACUUCCGAGCGACUUCCAGGGGCGCUGGCUGCUGCUCUACUUCGGCUUCACGCACUGCCCGGACGUGUGUCCCGAGGAGCUGCAGAAACUGGGGGCGGCCCUGGAGCUGCUGGAGCAGCAGCAGCCGCGGCUGCCGGAGCUGCAGCCGCUCUUCAUCACGGUGGAUCCCGAGCGUGACGAUGAGGAGGCGCUGGGGCGGUACCUGCGCGAUUUCCACCCGCGCCUGCUGGGGCUCACCGGCACCCCCGAGCAGGUGCGGGGCGCCGCGGCCGCUUUCGGGGUGUACGUGAGCGCCGGGCCCCGCGAUGAGGACGGGGAUUACGUGGUGGAUCACUCGGUGCUGACCUUCCUGGUGGAUCCCGACGGGGUUUUCCGGGAUUGUUACGGGAGAUCCCGCACGGCCCAGGAGGUGGCGAGGAGCGUCAGGGGGCACAUGGAGGGAUACGAGCCGCUGCCCCCCGAGGGAGGGGAAUAAACGGGGGGACCCCCCGGC